AUGUUCCUAAUUUCGAAGAUAGUACGUGGCCGUCGACUGUUGCAUGAGUUACAAGCGGAGGCUGAAAAGAAAGAGGCCGAGGAUGCAGCCGCAGCCGCUGCUGCAGCUACAGCGUCUCGACGGAGUGGGCAAGCAGGCCGAAGUGGACGAAUGACCGGCGCAGCGUUGCAGGUUUUUUUUGAGUUAGAAAUAAGAUUUAGGGGCGUUUAA